UCCACGUCCUCAGAACACACACCAAUCUCUGCCUCACUAAUUCCCUGCUUGGCAGAUGCAGGCCUCUGUGGAUUUAGUGCAGGAUUAGAUGGCCUCAGAGCAGCUCUGGGCCACCCUCCUCCCUCCACUCCGCCAUAUCCAGCACCAUGAUGCCGACCUGAGCACAAUGGGGAGAAAACAGGCACGUGGAGUGCCUCCAAUGCAAAGUCAAGAAAAUGGAGACGAGCUGCCCACUGCCAAACCCAAGAAGAGAAAGGUUAAGAAGGAGAUCAGUGAUGUGGAAGAGACGGAGGCACCAUUGGCCUUACCAGCAGGAGCAGAGCCUGCUAUUGAGAUGGAGGGGUUGGCCAGUCAUGUGGAGUCGGAUAACAGAGAUGUUCUGACCCCUGAGCCUCAGGAUGUCCCACCACAGAGGAAGAAGAAGAAAAAGAAGGCACAUACACUUGAUGAAGGUGAUCAGCAAGAUCUUGUAAAUGGGGAUGCACGUGAGGCACACACAGAUGGGGAAGAGGUUCCGAGGAAAAGCAGAAGGAAGAGAAAGUCAAAGAUAGCAGAGAACCAGUACACAAAUGAACUGGGCGUGGAAGAGGAUGACAUUGUGACUGACGGACACGCCCCCAUCACUCACCACUCUCUGUUCUCAGCUCCUCUGGGCCACAGCCAGCCUCUCAGUAAAGUGUUUGUGGAGAGAAAAAGAAGGUUUCAGGCGAGAGAUCGCCUGGAUCUGACCCGGGAGCAGUUAGAGGAGUUCAUGGAGGUGAGACCCAUAUGGAACACUCGGGACGUUGCCAUGAGGGUUCACAGUGGUUUCAGGAUCAUCGGGCUCUUCUCUCAUGGUUUUCUGGCGGGCUACGCUGUGUGGAAUAUCAUAGUGGUUUAUGUGCUGGCUGGAGAGCAGCUGACCACACUGCCCAACCUACUACAGCAGUACCACAGCCUAGCUUACCCGGCCCAGUCCCUGCUCUACCUGCUGCUGUCUAUUAGCACUGUGUCUGCCUUUGACAGGGUGAAUCUAGCUAAGGCUUCCAUGGCUCUGCGAGGAUUCCUCACGCUUGACCCAGCAGCCCUCGCUUCAUUCUUGUACUUCGCAGCUCUCAUUCUAUCUCUCAGUCAGCAGAUGACCAGUGACCGCAUAAACCUGUACCCCACUGCCAAUAAGACACUAUGGCCUCCAGGUUCAGAACACCAGAUUCUGCAGCCCUGGAUUGUGGUGAAUCUGGUUGUUGCUUUACUGGUUGGACUGGCGUGGAUCUUUGUCUCUACCAGGCCAGACAUGGACUACACUGAGGAGUUUUUAAUGGCGAUGGAGGUGGAGGAAUAUCCACGACAUGAUGAGAAAUCUGACCUACCUGUCUAAAGCCCAGACACAUCACCAAACAUCACAUCAGCAAAUCACUACUCACCAGAGGAACCAGUGCUACAGGCAUCCAAAGCAAAGCAUCACGUGUUUUAACAGGAAUUCUGUUUAUUUUGUAAAUUACAACUAUGUAAAUCAGUAUAACUAAUAAUAUUAAAUAAAGUUUUUUUGUAACAAA